AUGUCUCACAGGAAAUUCGAGGCCCCACGCCAUGGGUCGUUGGCCUUCCUUCCGAAGAAGCGCACAUCCCGUCACCGCGGAAAGGUCAAGGCAUUCCCGAAGGAUGACGCGACAAAGCCCUGCCAUCUCACUGCCUUCAUGGGCUACAAGGCCGGCAUGACCCACAUUGUCCGUGACGUCGACAAACCAGGGUCCAAGCUGCACAAAAAGGAAGUCGUCGAGGCCGUUAGCAUCAUCGAGACCCCCCCAGUUGUCGCCGUCGGUGUUGUUGGUUAUGUCGAGACCCCGUACGGGCUUCGCUCCCUCACCACUGUCUGGGCGGCACAUCUCUCCGACGAGGUGAAGCGUCGCUUCUACAAGAACUGGUACAAGUCUAAGAAGAAGGCCUUCACCAAGUACGCCAAGAAGCAUGCCGAGGGUGCUGCAGAUGUCGACGCCGAGCUUGAGCGGAUCGUCAAACAUUGCGCAGUUGUGCGUCUCUUGGUACACACUCAGAUCCGCAAAAUCAAGGUCGCCCAGAAGAAGGCACACCUCAUGGAAGUCCAGAUCAACGGCGGCUCCAUUGCCGACAAGGUCGAAUAUGCCAAGGCCUUAUUCGAGCGCACCAUCGAUGUCAACGCCGUAUUCAGUAAGGAUGAAAUGAUUGAUUGCAUUGGUGUUACUAAGGGUCACGGAUUUGAAGGUGUUGUAACGCGAUGGGGUGUCACCAGACUUCCACGAAAGACCCAUCGUGGACUUCGCAAGGUCGCCUGUAUCGGAGCUUGGCAUCCUGCUCGUGUUGGCUAUACCGUCGCACGAGCGGGCCAGCGUGGUUACUUUCACAGGACUCAGGCCAACCUUAAAAUCUAUCGUGUCGGUGCCAAGGACGACCAUAAGAGUGCGACCACCGACUUUGAUCUCACCGAGAAGUCCAUCACCCCCAUGGGUGGUUUUCCCCACUAUGGUACUAUCAAUGAAGAUUGGAUUAUGGUCAAGGGAUGCGUGGUCGGGACUAGGAAGCGCAUUAUCACCCUUCGCAAGAGCCUGUUUCCGCAGACCUCCCGCGCAGCGCAGGAGGAGAUUACCUUGAAGUUCAUUGAUACUUCCUCCAAGCAGGGCCAUGGAAGAUUCCAAACUCUUGCCGAAAAGAGGAAGUAUGAGGGAACUCUCAAGCGCGAUACAUACACAACCUGAUAAAUAUCGAUGUAGAGUCCCUUUGGAAAUUUGUUUUUGAGCCACAUCG